AAUUGCCCCCCUUAUGUUCGACAUUCUUUCCAGAAACUUUGAUUUGGAGACACUGCCGCCGUUUGUUACGCGAUACGCUCUCAAUGAGGAGUACGAUGAUGGCAAAAAUAGUGAAAAGGAAAAAAGAACCAAGAGCAGAACGUACGGCGAACGCAAUGCUGAAUGCGUAGAUGAUAGCAGCGCCGAAGCAGGUGGCAGCAUUCAUGGCACGGAUAGCGAUAAAAGUGCACCGUUGCCGUACAGAAUGGUAUCGGUGUGUCCAAACAAAACGUUAAUCACCAGUUUGCUGAGGAAUAGAUCGUAUGACCUGAUAAACACGGUAAUACGGACGAAAGAGGAUAUUUCAGCUGCGAUAGACACGCACACAGACCUUAUAACACUGCCAAGCAAUAUUUCAAUUGAUAAAGGACAGCUACAAAAAAUACGUGAAAAGCGGAUAUAUGUCAACAUCCCCGUAUUUACCAACAUGUGCAUGCUCAACACAUUGAAAAGGUACACCGAUACCGUGGUGCUAUCGACAUACGCACAGAAUGCGUUCGAGCUUAGGAACGAAGACGAGUUUAGGUGGUUCCUGCGAGGAAUGGGGAUGAGUGAAAGAACGUGCAAAAGAAUACGUGGAAAUUGGCAGUACGUGAUUAGGAGAAGCGUGGAGAGGAGGAUGGAUGGAUGUGUGGGGUGUGAUGAUGGGCGGCUGAUAGUUAAGGAUUAUCUAAAUUUGUACGGAUCGGUGUGAGUUGAUGGGUGGUGGUGAAUAAUAUUGGUAAAAAAUUUGUGAUUGGUA